AUGGCGAUUCCUGAGAAUUUCAAGAGCACAAUCACCAUCACCCACGUUACCACCGCAACUGCGAUUGUUGAUAUCGAUGGUGACAAGUUCAUCACUGAUCCCAUAUUCGACGAAGCUCCUCAGAGCCAUGACCGGUCACAAGUGGCUGGGUUAAAGCCGGGCGAAUUCUUUCUUACGCUACAAGAAGGUCCUGCCAUAUCAAUCAAGCAACUCCCCAUUAUCGACUGUGUCUUACUCAGUCACGAAGAUCACAUGGACAAUUUGGAUGAGACAGGCCGUCAACUUCUCAUGGGCCGGCGAGUCAUUACUACGCCUGACGGUGCAAAGAACUUAUCUGACCAUCCUGGCACAUGCGCUAUCGAGCCGUGGCAAACCUUGGAGUUCCAGCUUGGGGGUGACGAAUGGAGCAUUACUCAUGUCCCUGAUGGACAAGUCACUGACUUUCUCUUGCACAAAAAGUCCUUCGGUACCAGCCCAGAUGGAUGUCAAAAUGUGGUUUACUUCACUGGGGAUACUGUGUUCAUUGAGAGCGAUUUCAGGAAACUUCAAGAGAAAUACCACGUCGUGGUUUCACUCACGAACCUUGGCUAG